AUGGACCACGAACAGGACGAUCUAGGCUCAAUGCCUCUGUCGAACUCGUCAAUCCUAGACCAUGUUGAACUGCUCAGGGGGAAAGGUUCGCCCGGGGUUUCUGCUACCGUUGGUGGGAUGCAAUCCGGUCCUUACUAUCGACGACACUCUCGAGGUCAUUCUGGAGACGAGCAAUUGAAGUCGAUAGACGAAACGCAAAUCGUGCGUGAUGAGUCCUACGACAUGGUGGAACCAGUCACGCCCACCAAAGCUCGUCGGUUUAGCUCGGGGCAAUCCGCUGCUACUUCCAUGCUUCGACGCUUGACCACCAAAAUCAACCCCAUGUCACGAGGCACAUUUCGCUCUACCAAAAGAUCGCAAGGCCGCGAGUAUGCAACGCUGGACGAUGGUGAGGAUGGUGCAGCAGCGACGGUAGAUCUCUCGUCGUUGGAGGGUAUGGGCUGGGAGCUGACCGACUUAUCCAACUCCGAUACUGCGCGACUUCACGACGACGACACCGGGUAUGUGAGCGUGACUCCCAAAGGGGGGAAACCUGACUUUCGCGGUUUCGUUCAGAAGCGUGCGUCGGUCGGCGAUGGGAUGAAGAAGGUGGGAGUGCAACUGAGACGAGAUCCGUCACGGAUAGUGCGAAGGGGGACGAGCCAUGGCGACAGCUCGAGCAUCGACCGGAGCAAGACGGUGCGCGACUUGGGUCAGGACCUUGCACAGAAGAAGAACAUGAUUGUCGAGGUCGAAGAGAUAGUGGAUCUAAGCACUCUGGACGGCGGGCACUCGGAGAAUCGCCAGAGUCGCACGUUCGAGGCCAUGUCCAUGAGGCAGAGCGUCUUGCCCCACGAGACGAAGAGCUACUUCUUCCCCGAGGAUCCGGACAUCCCCAACUGGAAACCAUCCUCGAUGCGGAGCUGGUAUAUUGGGUCCUUGAUAGCCCUUGCGUUGGGUUUGGCGGGCUUUCAGGAGUACCUGUGCCAGAGGUCCUUCAGGAGCGUUCGGGAGCACAGCGGUAUCCUCGCCUUCAAUGCUGUGGCUGAGAUUUCGACUUGGGACUUCUUUGCGUGGAAGUAUUUACCCACAAUGAUCACCAUUGUCUACGCCGUGCUGUUCUCAAUCAUGGAUUUUGACAUUCGCCGCCUGGAACCGUUCUAUCAAUUAUCCCGACCUCGAGGUGCCUCCGCAGCGGCGUCGCUGAAUUUGGACCAUUUGACCAUGUUCCAAUAUUUCGUCCCGUUCAAGGCGUUCAGGCUCCGACAAUGGGCUGUGUUCUUCUCUACCACGGGCAACAUCGUAGCCUCGAUGGUCUCACCUGCCCUACAAAACCCCUCGAUCAUAUUUGCCACGAACCAUGAUCCCAGGUGUAAUGAAAACGGGUGUCCCAAUGGUGAGAAGCAUUACUGGGUACGAAUCUCGCCGGGCUGGUCUCGGGCCUUGUCGGCAAGCUAUCUGUUUGUGGCCAUCGUGCUCGUCAUUCUGUUCAUUCAGUUGCGCCGCAAGUCGGGAUUGCUCAGCGAUCCCAAAGGUAUCGCUGGAAUUGCCUCGAUGGCCACCAAGUCGCACAUCCUGCAGGACUUCGCGGGGCUGGACGAAGCCAACUGCGCCAAGAUCCACAAGCGACUGGCGCAUCGACGAUACGUCCUCUACAAAUCUUCCAUCUGGCAGGGUGAAUGGAGCUCGAAGAGUGAGCCGCCACAGGACAGCGAGAGAAAGCUCACCAGUCCACACCCGCUGAUGCUCCAGAUGAGAGCGGGCAUUCCGUUUCUGGCCUUUAUGAUCUUCUGCCUCGUCUCCGUCCCCGUCAUCACGUUGACCAAGGCCCGGGUGGUACCUAACGCUGCACCGUGGCUUCCCAUUCUCAUCGCCACCGGCUUGAAGCUGUUCUUUAGCACAUUCGAGUCUGACGUGCGACUCAUGGAACCCUUUUAUCAGCUUUCAAGAGGCAACGCGAGACCGGAAAAUAGUCUAACUCUAGACUACCAGGCGACUGUGUACGGGAUUAUGCCUUUCAAGGCUCUCUUCAAUCGGCACUAUCUCCUGGUGCUGGUUGGCGUAUCGUCGGUGCUGUUAGAUGUGCUGGCGGUGACUGUGAGUUCGUUCUCGGUCAACUCGGAGGACUUUAUGCACGUGGGAAGUCACGGCGAGGACCGGUCUAACGGCGACGAGACAUUCGUGUCCUUCUGGACCUCGCUCAUUCUCUCCGUGUUUAUUUUGCUGUUUGUCAUUUUCACGACAUCACUGGUCUAUAUUCGACGGCGACACCCGUUCCUGCCCCGCGAGCCGUCCACGAUUGCAGCGGUGUUGGCCUUCAUCUACGCCAGUAACAUGCUGACCGAUUUCGUCGACACCGAGACGCUCAACAACAAGGCGAUGGAAAAGAGGCUGAAAAACAUCAACAAAAGGUAUGGACUGGGAUGGUUUAAAGGAAGAGACGGACAAAUCCACUGUGCGAUUGAUGAGGAGCCGAUGAGGAGCAAAUACGUGCAUGGCAAACCAUAUACGAUGGCACAGGCAGGGCCGCUGCAUGAGACAUAUUAUUCCGUUGCAUAG